GGUAAAGAAAAUCAUCGAGAAAUGUCAUAAAAGUGUCACAAAAAAUAAAAGUUAAAUCCGAUAUAUCAAUUGACUUGCAUUGGUAAUUACAUUAGUAAAUACGUUACUAUUUUCUUAUUGUAUUUGUUAAUAAUAUUGAUUCAUAAUUUCGUGGAAACUAGUGGUAGCACUGUAAAGGGAGCUGUUCCAAAAAUGUUGAGCAUAGACCAUAUGAAACAAACCUCAAUUCUGUUUUACAUUUGAUUGGUGAAACACAGUUGUCAGUUUAUUUUCAGUCAAAUUACACGCUAAUUUUUCUAGAUUUUUGAAUUUUUUAUUAUUAAUUGCAUCGUGUUCAAUGACUGAAAUAACUGAAAGCCAUAGUAGUAAAGGUGAAGACGAUGACAGCAGUGACGGUGAGCAUGCACAAAGAUUGCAAUCCACUUCCACUGGGUAUCAAAAUAUUAGAUUGCAACAACAGGUAGUCUCGCUUUCGGCCGAAAGUGAUGACAGCGACGAACCUAUUCAUAAGAUGCGAUGUAUUGAAAACACUGCCAAACAAAAGGAGUGCGGUACAAAAGAAGAAAGUGACAGCGGCGGUCCAGAUAAAGAUGUUGCUCCGCUCCCACUACAAUCGGGUCUACAUAACCGGAACGGACCCAGAUUUUAUCCGGUCAAGGACUGUCAACUCGACAGAAUUCUGCCGCUACAACAAGAAGAACAAGAACAACAUGAAGAUGUUGCUGAACAAAUAACUGAUGGCAAUAUGCACAUAGUUGCUUCGCAUUAUAAUGAAUUGAAGGAAACCGGACGCAAGGAGCGCCUCCAAUCGCGUAUUGUUUACAUGCGAAACUUUAACAAUUGGUUAAAGAGUCAACUCAUCGCAGAGUAUUUAGCACGCAUUAAAGAACAGCAACGUAUAGGUGAUCCUAUGCGUGUUCUAGAUUUAUGUUGCGGUAAAGGUGGUGAUCUUCUCAAAUGGGAAAAAGCCAAUAUAACCCAUCUUAUUUGUACCGAUAUUGCCGAGGUGUCUGUGGACCAGUGUAAAAAGCGAUAUGAAGAAAUGCAAUCGCGUGCGGAUAAGUCAAAAUUCGCUAGCAAAUUUUCAGCUGAAUUCUUUGCCUGUGAUGCCACUUUGGUACGUCUUCGUGAGCGCUACAAAGAUAAAUCACUUAAAUUGAAUUUGGUGUCAUGCCAAUUUGCAUUUCACUACUCUUUUGAGUCUCUGACUCAAGCCGAGUGCAUGGUUCGCAAUGCAGCCGAAUGCCUGCAACCGGGUGGAUAUUUUAUAGCGACUAUCCCGGAUGCAAAUGAAAUAAUGCGUCGCUUGCGUCAAUCGCCAAAUCCUCGAAGCAUCGGUAAUGAAAUUUAUAAAAUCGAUUUCAUAUGUGACACAGAUCCACCACCUCUUUUUGGUGCUAAAUAUCAAUUUCAUUUAGAGGGCGUCGUCGAUUGCCCAGAAUUUCUAGUGCAUUUUCCAACAUUAGUUAAAUUGUGUCUCAAACAUGGUUUAAAGCUAGAGCGUAAAGCACCUUUUGCAGAUUACUACAAAGAGUCGUUGGAAAAGGGCCGCUCGCUGCUGCAACGUAUGAAUGGUUUGGAAACUGUAAUACCAAAUCGACAAGGGAAGGAUCCCGAGUUUCAGCAUUUACAAACAUAUUUCAAAGGAGGUUCAUCAAAAUCCGUAGGAACGCUUUCGCAGUCCGAAUGGGAAGCUACAACACUUUAUCUUGUGUGUGCAUUCCGUAAGUGCAAAAACACAUGGGACAGUGAAGGCAAACCCGUUUUCGAGUUCGACUAGAUGCGUAUAAUAAUGUCUCCAUGUUCAUCGGGUGAAACUAUAAUAAUAUCCUUAAGUGUUUAUACUUGUAAUAGGCAGCAAUAAAACUUCUUUUACAUAUUUAAAAACUUU